AUGGCUUUGAAUCUUUCUUCUCGAGCGGCCAGGACCGCCUGCGCUGCAUCCAAAUUUGCCGCUCGCCCAAUCGCGGGAGUCAUCCCAUCCCGCACCUUCGCGACCUCUACCCCGGAGGAGUCCAGUCAACAAGAAAAGCCCCGAUGGUCCUACACUCCCGCGGCGGCGAAGGCCCCGUUCAGUCUGCACCUUGACUCCAAGCGCCCGACCUUCCACGUCAAUGCAGACCCGCAACUGCUCGACCGAUUCUACAUCCGCUUGUUCGGCAAUGGCGGCGACAAGCUCCUCUCCGAUGAGACCAAGUGGUUGGCAGUGACACAUAAGAGUUUCGACCAAGGGCGCCGCGGAUUUAACGAUCGAUUGGCCUUCUUGGGAAAACGCAUUGUGCAGCUGCAAGCGUCUCUGGCUUUGGCGCAGGACGUUCCAUACGCAGGUGCCGCCACACCGGCAGAGAACAAGGACGAGUUUGGUCGCGUGCCCUUCACCCACCCGGCUCUCGAUGGAUUGAACAAUCUGUCUGGUGAAACCAAGAAGAUUCUUACCGAGCGGUCGAAGCUUGCAGAGCUUGCAAACAAGUACGAGUUGCAGAAGGUUCUCCGAUGGAGUCCCAGAAAGCCCAACGACCUCCGUGCCUCCGGUAUUGAACUUGUUCUCGCGCAUACCAUGUACGCUAUUGUCGGCGCUGUUUCGUUAGAGAAGGGAGGAGUCGUUGCCACCAAGGUGGCCCGCGAGCGGAUACUUGAACCCCUGGGACUCAAGUCUAUCUCGUAG